AUGAACAAGUCUGCCGAGGGAAGCACUGGCAAGAGUAAACAACGAGUGAAGAAGUUCGAUCCGAUUUCAUUGCUGGUCCUCUCAGCUUACGAUAAGCAGUCGUUGCUAUCCAUAUCACUUAACGCUGCUAAGGCUGCUGAAAUCUUGACACUCUCACCAGCUGCUGGUGGUACUAUAAAUCCCAGUGCCUUCUCCAAGGGAGGGCCCCAAUCUCUCUCCUUCUCACCGGUCACCAAACCCGCUGAUGGGGAGACCGAGGCGAAGCAGGCGGUUCAUAUUGUGGCCACC